CGGGCCGCCGCAACGCCGCACAACCCGGUCGGUCAUAGUCGUGUCCGUCUUGUCUCGUUUGUCUGUCAUUCUUUCUCACCGUCGCUUGUCUGUACGGCUUCACAUUCGUUUUCAACACUCCAGUUAGCCCACAACAAAUUAACAACCACAUAAAUCAUGUAUUCCUUAGCCAAAGCCGUCGCCCCAGCUGUACGCUCCGCCAUCCUCUCCAACUCCAGAGCUUAUGUCAGGCCUAUUAGCAGCAUUGUUUCAAAUGGACCAAACACCCAAUUGCAACAUCAAAACCAACAAACUCCCAGUGCCAUUGUUUCCAAUGGAAGCUUGGUGAACGCUGUCAGGGGAUUCCAAACCUCUGCUGUAUCCAGAGAUAUUGAUUCUGCUGCCAAAUUUAUUGGUGCUGGUGCAGCCACUGUAGGAAUUGCUGGAUCAGGAGCUGGAAUUGGAACAGUAUUUGGUUCCCUGAUUAUUGGUUAUGCACGUAACCCAUCACUCAAACAACAGCUUUUCUCUUAUGCCAUUUUGGGAUUUGCUUUGUCUGAAGCUAUGGGUCUCUUCUGUCUUAUGAUGGCUUUCUUAUUGUUGUUUGCUUUCUAAGUCGUCUCACGAUGUCUUUCGUCAUUCAUUAACCAAAAAUAAAAACAUCCCAAAAUAUUAAACCAACUUGGAAUUUUUAAUUCUAUUCAAAAUUGGCACGACCGGAAGAAUUACGAAAGACUGUUGUCUGUGAAAUACAUCUUGAUAGGGAAUUUACCUGUUAUAAAAUAGAUAAUAACUAUAAGACAGCACUUAGGUGUUUAUGUAAAACUGCCUCAUAUUGUAGACGUAUUAAACGCCUAGGUCGGAACA